GACCGACUCAACCCGUCGCUCUCUCCCCAGACCACUUUGAACCUGAUCUACAGAGCUAGAAAAGCUCCGGUUUGGGGGUUGAUCCCAUUUCAAUUACGCAAACCCCUCCCAACGAUGCCCCCAGUGUUGUCGUUGGGGUAUCCGAACCCGUCAUGAUCCCACCCGAAUCCGAAGAAUCGCCCUUGGGCUUCACAGGCGCCUCAACUACAUACAGCCAGCACGACGAUGCCGCUGCCCAGGCCGAAGAUCUGGACUCUCAGAGCCCCGCGAGCUCGCGCGACCCCGGUAGCGUUCAGACCGUAAACGACACCGCAACAUCAGCCCCCGAGCACCGGGAUGACGCGCAAGGUAGCAACAGCAAUACCGCACAAAGUAAUAAUCAAGAAGAAGGCGACAAGCCCUCGUGGAGCGAGAUGAAGACCAAGGCUGGGAAAGAGAGGAAGCGUUUACCGCUGGCUUGUAUCGCAUGUCGGCGCAAGAAAAUUCGCUGCUCAGGCGAGAAGCCCGCGUGCAAACAUUGUUCACGGUCUCGCAUUCCCUGCGUCUACAAGGUUACCACGAGGAAGGCGGCCCCGCGGACGGAUUAUAUGGCUAUGUUGGAUAAACGGUUGAAGAGGAUGGAGGAUCGUGUUAUUAAGACGAUUCCUAAGGAAGAGACGAGGGAUAUGGCUGCCAUCGGGCGGUCUGUGGUUAGGCCUCCGGCUCCCGGGCAGCCAACUUCGAAGAGUCAGAAGAAACGGUCUGCGGAUGAAGCGUUUGCGUCGGAGUUGGAUGACUGGACGCGUGAGGAGCGCAGGGCGCCGCAAGAUACAUUUCCUAUGAGCAAGUCGGGUGAUGGCGGAUCCAGCCUUUUGACCGAGGGAGCCGAGUUUUUGCCAUCCUUGGAAAUCCAAGAACAUCUUGCAGAAGUGUUUUUCGACUGUGUAUACGGACAGUCGUAUCUUUUACUUCACAAGCCUAGUUUUAUGCGCAGAUUACGAGCCGGGUCUGUUCCCCCGGCAUUGAGUCUCGCUGUCUGUGCCGUCUCCGCUCGAUUCUCGACGCAUCCGCAACUCAACUCAGAGCCUCCAUUCUUGCGAGGGGAGAACUGGGCAAACCCUGCCGCUGCGAUCGCGUUGAGUCGUCAUGAUGAACCGAAUAUCACCAUAUUGACCGUGUUCUUGUUACUGGGAUUGCACGAAUUUGGAACCUGUCAUGGUGGACGAAGUUGGUCUUUCGGUGGUCAGGCUCUGAGGAUGGCAUACGCAUUGCAACUACACAGGGAACUUGAUUACGAUCCGCUUUUACAACAUAGCAAUGGCAAUGGGUCACAACUAAGUUUCACCGAUAGGGAGAUUCGACGGCGUACCAUGUGGGCCUGCUUGUUGAUGGAUCGAUACAAUUCCUCCGGUAGUCAACGUCCGCCAAUAGGGAAUGAAAAAUUCCUGCAUAUCCAACUUCCCAUCAAGGAGUCACAUUUUCACAUGGAAAUUCCAGGGCCGACGGAGGACCUGGACGGAAAUGUUCCCAACCCAGUCCCAGAUGACAUAGGACAGCUGUCCAAUGCUAAAGAAAACAUGGGUGUUUCGGCCUACAUAAUUAAGACUGUAGUCAUCUGGGGACGCAUUGUCGACUACUUGAAUCUCGGGGGAAAGAGAAAGGAUCCUCAUCCUCUGUGGUCGCCGGAGUCUGGGUACACGCGCCUCAAGCGACAAAUCGACGAGUUCUCCGCAAGCCUCCCAAGCCAUCUUUUGUUCACCUAUGAGAACCUCCAGAUACAUGCGGCAGAACGAAUCGCAAACCAAUUCCUUUUUCUACAUAUCAUCAUCCACCAGAACAUCCUCUUCUUGAACCAGUUUGCGAUUCCGCUUUCUCCCGGAGGGCGGCCUCCCAGAGAUAUGCCCAAGGCUUUCUUAAGCAACGCAGGACGAGCAGCAGUGGAGGCUGCGCAUCAUAUCUCUGUCCUAAUUGACCGUGCGUCGGCUUAUCCACUCACUGUACCCUUUGCAGGAUACUGUGCGUACUCUGCCAGUACGGUCCAUAUCUGGGGAAUAUUCUCCAAGAACGCGCAGCUGGAGGCUCGGUCCAAAGAGAAUUUACGGCAUACCUAUCGAUACCUGAACAAGAUGAAGAAGUACUGGGGUAUGUUUCACUACAUGGUAGAAAGUGCAAAGGAUCGAUACCGGCAAUUCGCAGACGCUGCCAUCAAGGGCACUGUUGCUAUGAAUGACGGCGGCAAGUUGACCGCCAUGUUCCAAUACGGUGAUUGGUUCGACAAGUAUCCUCAUGGAGUAUCACGAAUGCACUGGGAGGACCCUGGUGCGAAACAAAAAGAGACAGGCGACGAUGCGGUUAUGGGUCAGAAGCCAGACCUACAGAGUGUCGAAGACUUCUUCGCCAGCCUGUCUCCUACACCGCAGACCGCGGUUCCUCGCAGGUCGCAUUCAAGAAAGAGCAGCCGUCUCGAUAGCGCCAGCUCCGAACACCCACCUCGACCACAAUCAACAGUCGACGUGAACAUGGAAAGCUCGCCCGGGAUGUUGGGGACAUCUGGAGCCGGAUUCCCCCAACCGGCCAUGUACAACCACGGCCGCGCGCAGGCAUUCGGGCCCUCUCCACUGGAUUUCAACAUCCCAUCCGACCAACUUCCCCAACUUGACCGACAAUUUGUCUACGGCUCCUUUGCCGGAUUCGACCCAGCCUCCUUCGAAGCACCACAACCGCCACCAGCGGAUAACCCACCAAUAACUCCAUCCGCAACGAACGGCGUGGAACCCCCACCCCACCAGGAUGCCGCCAUUUUCACCGGCCAACUCGACCCGAGCGCGCCCUCAGGUGCAGGCGAGUAUUACCAACCCAGCGCAUGGUUCCUGCCAUUUAACCUCGAACCGAUCACCCCAGCACCAGGUAUGGAACAACCCCCCGGCGCCGGCGGAGGCGGCGGUGAUAUGUUCGGUAAUCCAGGUUUGCCCAUGGGAACAUACGACUUUGGCAUGAGCGGGAUGAAACGCGAUCCCCAUAUAUGAUUCAUCGUUCUUAUACGUUUCCUAUUCUGUAACAACCGUACUAUGUGAUAUUGAUAUGGCGUGCUUGUUUUAUUUGAUCAACUACUAUUGUAUAAGGGGUUUAGCAGGAGCUGGUUGGACGGAUUGGAAAAGACUAGGAGUUUUUUAUGAGCUCGCAUGGUUCUGUUUAUAAGUUAUUUUUGGAUAUCAUCGCAAUAAUAUAUGUUGAUGAAUACUCAC